CGGUUGUGUAAUUAAAGAUAGUAGUUUUUCCCAUCGAUAUUGGAAUGGAAAAUUCGGUGAAAAUGGAUAAUUUAGCACCAUUGCCACAGCGCCAAGCAAGAGCUAGAGCUCAGGCAAAUAAGAAUAUCGGCAAACAUGGUCCACAAAAGCCAAACGAAGUUGUCUCAGACGGUGGCUUGCCUGAAAAAAGACCACGAUUUUGCCAGAAUAAUCAGAAUGGCGGUGGUGGAGGCGGCGGCGGUCCGAAUCAAAAUCAGAAUUUUGCAAACAAGGGUGGAUUUGGUGGAGGUGGAAAUCGCAACCGCAAUCGUGUCGGUAAUCAAAAUAGGUCGAAUUUUCCAAAUCAGAAUAAUGCAAACCUAAAAGCCGCAACAGAAGCACCAAAAGUGGAAGGAGGAAAUCUAAAUGAGAAAGCUAUCGAAGCUAACAGCAAUGCAAAUUUAAAUCAAGCUGCCCAAGCUCAAGCCCAACUUCAAGCUCAGGCCCAAGCUCAGGCUCAAGCCCAAGCUCAGGCUCAAGCUCAGGUCCAUGCGCACUCUCAAGCUCAAAACCAAGCAUUUAGAGUUCGCGGAGGCGGUGGUGGUGGUGGAAGUGGCGGCGGCGGUGGUGGUGGCGGCGGAGGCGGACAAGGCGGUGGACGCGAUAGAAAUCGCGGAUCCCGUGGUGGUGGAGGCGGCGGCGGACCUAACUCUGGCGGCGGUAACAACACACAGCGCGGCGAUGAUUUCUUUAUAGCCCAACGUCUUCGCAGCAUUAGUGGCCCCACCCACGAGCUACCGCCAAUCGAGGUCGCCCAGGAGACAAAGUUCUCUGGCCGCAAUCGUCUUUAUGUUGGCAAUUUGACCAACGACAUUACCGAUGAGGAAUUGCGCGAUAUGUUCAAGCCGUACGGCGAAAUAGGGGAGAUAUUUUCAAACCUUGAAAAGAACUUUACAUUCCUUAAGGUCGACUAUCACAUCAAUGCCGAAAAGGCCAAGCGUGCUUUAGACGGCUCCCUGCGGAAGGGUCGCCAAUUGCGCGUCCGUUUCGCACCAAAUGCAACCAUCUUGCGUGUUAGCAAUCUAACACCAUUUGUGUCCAACGAGCUGCUUUACAAGUCCUUCGAAAUAUUUGGACCCAUUGAGCGCGCCAGCAUCACGGUCGACGAUCGUGGCAAACAUUUGGGCGAGGGCACCGUUGAGUUUGCAAAAAAAUCAUCGGCCAGCGCCUGUCUGCGUUUGUGCAAUGAGAAAUGCUUUUUUUUGACAGCUUCGUUGCGUCCAUGCUUGGUGGAACCGAUGGAGGUUAACGAUGAUAACGAUGGAUUGCCUGAGAAGGCGCUCAAUAAGAAGCUGCAAGAGUUCAAUCAGGAGCGCAGCGUUGGUCCCCGUUUCGCCGAUCUAAAUUCAUUUGAGCACGAGUACGGCUCACGAUGGAAACAGUUGCACGAUCUCUUCAAAAGCAAGCAAGAUGCUCUCAAGCGUGAGCUCAAAAUGGAAGAAGAGAAGCUCGAAGCUCAGAUGGAGUAUGCUCGCUAUGAGCAAGAAACAGAGCUUUUACGCCAAGAACUGAGACAACGCGAAUCUGACAAUGAGCGCAAGAAAUUGGAAUGGGAAAUGCGUGAGAAGCAGGCAGAGGAUAUGCGUAAGCGCGAGGAGGAGACCAUGCGUCGCCACCAGACCGAAAUGCAGAGCCGUAUGGUGCGCCAGGAAGAGGAUAUGCGUCAUCGUCAGCAGAAGAACACACUGUUCAUGCAGGCACAGCAGCUGAACUCGCUGCUUGAUCAACAGGAAGGCUUUGGUGGUGGCAACGGGGGCGGCGGUGGCAACGGUGGCGGCGGCGGUGGUGGCAACUCCAAUUUUGAUAAUUUCGGAGGCAAUAGCAACUCGCCAUUCGAAGUAUUCAGAGGUAACAACAACUCAUCCAUGGCUGGCAACAAUGCCGGACCCGGACCCGGUGUAAACAGCCAGCAACAGGACGCCUUCGCUCCUUUUGAAUUUGGGGUUAACAAUAUGAACCAAGGCGGCAAUCAACGUGGAAAUAAUGGCGGAAAUAAUGUUCCAUGGGGACGUCGUCGUUUUUAGACAGCCGAUUGAAUGAAUGGACCAUAAUGGAUAAUCCGUAUAUCGGCAGUUUUAUUGAUUUACGUUGAACAUUUGACUCUUCACAAUUUUGUGAAUAUGCAUACAAAAACAAAAAAUCAACAACUACAACACAAACAAAAACAAAU